AUGCAUUUCGACACAAGAUUAUUCAUAAUUAUUAUCAUCAAUUUAACAUCAUAUUUUAGUCAAGAUUCCGAUGAUCAAAGUUAUUUAUCAUUAAUUGAAUUUAAUCGUGGAGGUAGUUUAACAAAUCUUAUAUUAUCAUCGCCCCAUGGUGGUUUUCUUGGUGCAAAUUUAACAUCGAAAAACACUGGAAAAAAAUCACGGAAUAAUGAAAUAUUAAUAACUACAUUACAACAAUUACCAAUAGCCGGUUGUUAUAAUGAUACUUUAGAACGAUGUGUAUAUACAAUACAAGAUUGUUUAAAAUCAUAUAAAAAUGAACUUUCCUAUCGAGCUGAUGCAAGAUGUGUUACCAAUCGUAGUUCAACAUUAUCGAUGUAUUUAUUAACAAAAGCUAUAUCGGAAGUAUUCGCAUCACACUAUCGCCCACAUACAAUUUUAAAUAAAUUAACUCGUCAAUAUGUUGAUCCUGCCGAAGAUUUAUUACUAGGAACAUUUUUAAUCGAAAGUGCUACUCGUACAUAUAUUGAUUAUCAUCGAUUGAUCGCUAUGGCUAAAGAAGCGAUACGUCCACCGUCACGUGGUCUUUUAAUUGAAUUUAUAUUUCAUCGAAAUUCACAAACAAUACAACUUGGAUAUGGUUACGAUCCAUUACAUUCAUCAAUUGCUGGCAAACCAAUUCAAUCGACAAUGAAUGAACUUAUUUCACGUUCUGGUCCAAGUGUUAUUUUAGGAAAUAAUUCCUUUGGACAUUUUUUACGUCUUAAUGGCUUUAAAUAUGUUAUUCCUUUAGAACAAUCACAGCAACAAAGACAAAUUGGAUAUCGUUUAUCAACUUAUUCAACUCGAACGCAUGCUGAUCAGCGAUUUAAUGCAAUUCUUUUUUCCUAUCCAAUCGAACGUUUAAGAACUAAUUCAAUUAAACUCGAAGCAAUACGCAUUGCUAAAUCUAUUGAACAAUUUAUACAAACAAAUAACAUCAAACUUCUUUCUUCAUCUUCUUCUUCAUUUUUGUUGUCUGUUAAUGUAAUCAUAUAUUUGUUACUACAAUCGUUUACUAUUUUGUACAUUUAUUUUAUUCAUUGA